AGUUCAGCCGCUCCAGUGUAGCCCCUGAUCGCCGCUGGGUGCAGGGCGGGCGCCCGGCGCUGGCCCCUUGCAAGAUCCCCCCCGGCUGCAGAGGGGCGAGGGUCAUCCCGAGGGAGUCUCAUCCCUGCUGCUUCCCCGGGGGCUCUUCCAUCCCAGUUCAGAGACCUCGGCCUGCCCAGGACUUUCCCUGUAGGGCAGACCGAUCUUCCGCCCCCCCACCCCCCCAAGGAAAAGAGCUGGGACCCCAGAUCCAGGAGGAAGACACCUCCCGGCCGAGCUGCUCCACUUGGAGCGAAGGUCGCAGGAGGAGCGGGUGCUGGGCGAAGCAGGAAUUUGCCAGGCACGCGGCUCGUGCAUUUCACCACGCCUUAGAUCAUCACCGGAGAGCCAGCGUUAGGGACAUCGGGUGAAGCCCAGCCGGCAGCUCAGCGUCAUUGCGGCUGGAGAACCCGAAUCCCUCUGGAACGUGUCCUGAGGCAACGCAGCGCCAGGACCCGAGGGGUCUGGAAAGGCCGGGUGUGAGAUCACAAUGGGCCAGACCAACGGGAAACCCCACAACCAUGGUCAAGAGCUCACUGGGGACAUGGAUCUGGCCAGGUUACGCUCCCAGGAGUUCCCCUGGGAGCCCUGGUGUGUGCAGAACAACGCCCGGAUGGUCUUCCCGGGCAACAAGACUGAGCUGGCGUUCCCCUCUGGGAUCAGGAUCUCUGACAACAGGGCCUGCUAUGAGGUGAAAGAGCCAACGGCCCAGGUGUGCCUGGCCAGGUUACUCUGCUGUCCACAGAAGCUGAGCGCCAAGAUCCUGCAGUAUGCGAGGAACAUGCCGGAGAAGUGGGAGUUGCUGGACGAGGACCUGAGAGCCUGCUUGGAGCGGGUCCUGAAGGAGUUCCCCCGGGAGCCCCGGUGUGUGCAGCGCAAUGCCCAGCUGGCGAUCAGAUAUGACCACCCUAAGCUGGUGUUUGUGUCGGGCCAGGGGGAAUGUGAGAUCACUGUGUCCGAAGGCGACAGGGAGCCCUGCUACAAGGUGAAGGAGCGUGCACGGGCGGUGUAUUGGGAGCGGUUACGCACUCACUCGCAAAGGCUGAGUCGGGGGAAGCUGGAGACAAACCGGGACAGGCUGGAGUCCUGGGAGGUGAAGACCAAGGAGCUGAGACGCAGCACCAGAUCGAAGCAGCGGAAGUUCCCCAAGGAGCCCGAGUGUGUCCGGGACAACCCCAGGCCGAUCUCCGAAGAUGGGGACUGCAAGGUCUCCAUGACCAGCUGUGACGGGAAACCCAGCUACGAGGCGAAGGUGAAGAGCUGGGCGAUGUAUUGGGAGAGUAUGCGUCACUCUGAACAGCCACUCAGCACUGAGAACCUGGAGGGCGUGCGGAGGGAGGUGAGGGGUCUGGAGGGGACUCCCGAGAAGGUCAAGGAGGCCUUGAACGUGGCCAUUAUUAAUCUCUCUGAUGAGCCGAGCUGCCUGCUGGAGAACGCCCGGCUGGUCAUUGAGUGCCCGGGGGGCGAGAUGGUCUUUGUCUCUGGGAAAGGGGAGAAUAAAGUGAACGUGUACAUCAUCGACGGGAAGGUCAGUUACAGCGUCAGUGCCACCAUGUGGGUGACUGUCAUUAAGAAGUGCCAGAAACUACUCCACGAGCUCCCUGAAACUUUGCCGAACUUCAUCCCCCAAGUCGUAGUCCAAAUCCUAACAAAGAUGAUAGAAGGGUGGGGAGGUGACUGACCUAUACCCCACUCCCCUGCCAGAGCCAGGGAGAACCCAGGAGUCCUGGCUCCCAGCCCCC